CUCGGGGGCGCGGAGCGACAGGACGAUGGCUUUGGCUGCGCUGCGGUGAGACACCCAGGGGACCAUGAAGGGCAAUGGCAGCGGUCUACUCAAUGCCUCACAGCAGGCACCAGGCAGCGGGGAGGGUGGGCAGCAGCGGCCGUCGUGGCUGGCCUCUACGCUGGCCUUCAUCCUCAUCUUCACCAUCGUGGUGGACAUCCUGGGCAACCUGCUGGUCAUCCUGUCUGUGUACCGCAACAAGAAGCUCAGGAACGCAGGAAAUAUAUUUGUGGUGAGCUUGGCUGUUGCAGACCUCGUGGUUGCUAUUUACCCUUAUCCCUUGGUGCUGACAUCCAUAUUUAACAAUGGAUGGAAUCUGGGAUAUCUGCACUGUCAAAUUAGUGCGUUCCUGAUGGGUUUGAGUGUCAUUGGCUCCAUAUUCAACAUUACCGGGAUUGCCAUUAACCGCUACUGCUACAUUUGCCACAGUCUCAAGUACGACAGACUCUACAGUAACAAGAAUUCCCUCUGCUACGUGUUCCUGAUAUGGGUGUUGACGCUUGUUGCCAUCAUGCCCAACCUGCAAACCGGAACUCUCCAGUAUGAUCCCCGGAUCUACUCCUGUACCUUCACGCAGUCUGUCAGCUCUGCGUACACGAUAGCAGUGGUGGUUUUCCAUUUCAUUGUGCCUAUGAUUAUCGUCAUCUUCUGCUACUUAAGAAUCUGGAUCCUGGUUCUUCAGGUCCGACGGAGGGUGAAACCUGACAGCAAACCCAGAAUGAAGCCACAGGACUUCAGGAACUUUGUCACCAUGUUUGUUGUUUUUGUACUUUUUGCUAUUUGCUGGGCCCCACUCAACUUCAUCGGGCUCAUUGUGGCUUCAGAUCCUGCCAACAUGGUCCCCAGGAUCCCAGAGUGGCUGUUUGUGGCUAGUUACUACAUGGCAUAUUUCAACAGCUGCCUCAAUGCAAUUAUAUAUGGACUCCUGAACCAGAAUUUCAGACAGGAAUACAAAAGAAUUAUCGUCUCAUUGUUCACAGCCAAGAUGUUCUCUGUAGACAGCUCAAAUGAUGUGCCAGAUAAGAUUAAUUGUAAGCCUGCUCCACUCAUAGCCAAUAAUAAUUUAAUAAAGGUGGACUCUGUUUAAAAAGCCAGUGGUGCUAGCAAAUUAUCCACACUGGUUGGGGGUGGGGGGGUCUUACUGCCUUCUGUGUUUGCUUUCUCCUGUCUAGAAACCAGCAUAGUCCAACCUGAAGCUCUUUAGAGUUGCCUCUGUUAGUAGUGGAACUGACCCACUGUCUGAUUUAUAAUCAGCUCUAGAGAUAGAGUUCUGUCUAUCAAGGGGAAUACUGACCAUGAACAGCCAUGUGUUAAAUAAACAAUAUAUAUCAGUGGAGGAGGUUGAAGCAAAAUGUGAAAUGAAUUCAAGAAAAGAGAGA